AUGGGAAACGGCUCAAUGAAACCCAAGCAACUGAAGUGGGCAGAUAGACAUGCAGCAAACGUCUCCAUCAGUUCUUCUGGCAACAGCAAGUUGUUGGAAGAGCCAGCAUUGGGCAUCCACGCAACAGGGAGAGCUGAUGUUCUUAGAAGUAAGAUUCUGGAGCUGAGAAGAAAAGAAGAAGAGUUGUGAGAGAGCAGAUGUCGCAUCGCAGAGCUCCAGGAGCAGCUGGCUAAGCAAACCAAAACCAUUGCUAACCUCACCAAGAAACUUCACAGCAAGUGUCCCCAGAUGAACAAGCUGUUAACACCUGGGCAAGGAACUCCCUCCCUUCAUCAUAAAGUGGUUGUUAGGAUCAGCCAAGCUGUCUCGGACUUGUUCUCUGUUAACAGGAGAGAUGCUAAGGAAGGCAUAUCUGCAAAGCCAAAGACCAGGACGUAGGAUCUGAGCACACAACCCAAAUUUUCCUUUCAAAAUGCAAGACUUCAGGAGGGAUGGUUCUGUAUGGCUGUUGCUCUAACAGGCAGAACGGAGGACAUGGAUAUACUGGAGAAUAGCAACGAGUGUACCAGACUUGGCCAUGUCCCCAAAGCAUACUUUGAAGGAACAGGUGAAAUCAAUAGUGAGAAAAAGCUCAUCACAGAUGCCCUGAAGAAGAGAUUGUACCCUCAGCAGAUCCAAGAUACAGUGGAAUAUUAUGGGAGAACAAACCAGCAGGGUAGCUAUAUACUCAAACAAGGAGACCCAGGCAACCAUAUUUCUGUGUUGGCAGAGGGCAGGGUGGAGGUCUUCCAGCAGAACAAGCUACUGCCAUCAAUCCCUGAGUGGACAACGUUUGGUGAACUAACCAUUUUAUAUAACUGCACAAGGACAGCUUCUGUGAAAGCCAUCACCAAGGUCAAGACAUGGGCAUUGGACAGAGAGGUGUUCCAGAACAUCAUGAGAAUGACAGUAUUGGGCUUGAAAGUCUUCACGUAUGAUGCAGGGGAGAAUAAUUCCCUCAAUGGAAGGACUCCCAAGGUGAAAUGCUAUGACCUGUGUUAUGCAGGAGUUCAUAGCGAUGAUGUCAGGUCAGGAAACAGAAUUGCAGAGGAAAAUGAUGUGCCGUGCCUUGUUAUAGAUAGUGAGUAA